AGCAACGAGCGGAGAGGCUCCAGCGCUCCGUGCUUGUUUCAGGCAGCGAAAGUCCGCACGGUUCUUCAGUCAGAGCAGAAAGCAGUAACCUUGUUUCCGAGAGAUUUCUGUCUUAUUUCUUUGGAUAUUUUCAUAUAUUUCAGCGGGGUCUGCUCAUUCGUUUGGAUAUGUAAAUGUGGAUCUCUUUACGCACUUUAAAUUGGCUCUUCGUCUACGCUUUCUCCUCAUUUGCUCAACUCCCGAGUGUGUUUGCGGAGAGCAGGGGGGUGACAAAAGGCAUUUAAACGGAGGGGGUUAAUGUAGCAGAGGGGUGCAGACACCACACAGCGAGGUGAGACUGAGGUGUUUUCGUGGCAAAGCUGUGGAGUUGGAGUUGUUUGACAAAUUCUGCAAUGAGGAAAACGUAUUUUAAAACCCGCACCACCACAACCAGCAGCGAGGUCAGGGCUAUGGCUUCCCUCCGCCGCAGUUUGUAAGAAGGAAGAUCUGUGUGCACUGUAAGUGUCGCCGUGAGGAGCAUGCUGUGACAGCCAUGCCAGUAGAGAUGGAGAAGACGGUCACCAAGCUGAUGUAUGACUUCCAGAGGAACUCCACCUCGGACGACGACUCAGGCUGUGCCCUGGAGGAGUAUGCCUGGGUACCACCGGGACUCAAACCUGAGCAGGUCCAUCAGUACUACAGCUCCCUGCCUGAGGACAAGGUGCCCUAUGUGAACAGCCCGGGAGAGAAAUACCGCAUCAAACAGCUGCUCCAUCAACUCCCGCCCCACGACAAUGAGGUACGCUACUGUAAUGGUCUGGACGAUGAGGAGAAGCGAGAACUGAAGCUAUUCAGUAACCAACGGAAACGGGAGAAUCUGGGUCGCGGCAAUGUCCGACCGUUCCCCGUGACGAUGACGGGGGCGAUCUGCGAACAGUGCGGAGGCCAGAUAAAUGGUGGUGACAUUGCUGUAUUUGCAACACGGGCUGGUCACAGCGUGUGUUGGCAUCCAGCCUGCUUUGUGUGUAGCAUGUGCAACGAGCUCCUGGUGGACCUCAUCUACUUCUACCAAGACGGAAAGAUCUACUGCGGGCGGCACCAUGCGGAGAGGCUGAAGCCACGCUGCACUGCCUGCGAUGAGAUCAUCCUUGCGGAUGAGUGCACCGAAGCAGAGGGGCGUCACUGGCACAUGAAGCACUUCUGCUGUUUCGAGUGCGAGACUGUGCUGGGGGGCCAGCGCUACAUCAUGAAGGAAGGACGGCCCUAUUGCUGCUCCUGCUUCGAGUCCCUCUAUGCCGAGUACUGCGACUCCUGUGGGGAGCAUAUUGGCAUUGACCAAGGCCAGAUGACAUAUGAUGGGCAGCACUGGCACGCCAUAGAGGGUUGUUUCUGCUGUGCCCGCUGUAAACGCUCUCUGCUGGGACGACCUUUCCUGCCCAAACAGGGCCAAAUCUUCUGCUCACGCUCCUGCAGCCUGGGGGAGGAGCCCAACGGCUCGGACUCCUCUGAUUCGGCCUUCCAAAGCGCGCGCUCCACCAGAGAGUCGAGACGCAGCUCCAAGGCAGCGAAGAGUGGAGGAGGAGAGCAGAACGAAAGGUUUUCAGGGGAGGUGGACCCACUGUCUUUACAAAUGGAUCUCCUGAGUCUCUCCAGCCAAACACCCAGUUUGACUCGCGAGCCACCUGCAUGGCAGAGCCAAGAGCAGGCAAGUGACAUCUAUAAUUAUGAGUCUCAAUCAGAAGGAACUGCAAACCCAACCCCCUUGCAGCUCCUCAGCCAGUGCAAUGUCAGAACUGCCUAUAACCCCACCUGCUCUGGACAGAGUAAUCAACAGCAGGAUCACAGGAUCAAGGAGAACGGAAUUUUAAAGAGACCAACCAUCUCAGCCAUGAAGGGCCAAUCUAUGAAUGAGAUGUGGUUCCAACAGCCGGCUCCAGAGGAGUACUAUCCCCCUAAACUGAGGACCCAGAAGAGCUUCACAGAGAUGUCCCAAUGUUCUCAGCACCACAAUGGCUUUUCCUCUGACAAGCGCUCGAUCAGUUUGCACGGCUUUCAGAGGGACAGAGAGGUGGGGCCUCCAGCAGCAACCCAGGUAGCAAGAAGCAGGAACCCCAUCAAUGCACUUAACUUCUCAGAACAACUGACGCCUUUGGAGCAGACCCCAAGAGGAUCCAUGGAGUCACUGGCCCUGUCCAAUGCUACAGGCAACUCAGCCGAUGGAGGUGGAAAGCGUCAGGAGCACCUUUCCCGCUUCUCCAUGCCGGACCUGAGCAAAGACUCUGGAAUGAACGUUUCAGAGAAAAGUAACAUGGGCACCCUCAACUCUUCAGUGCAGUUUCGAAGCUCUGGCUCUAUUCACAGCCUCACAGCUGGUCAGCCCUACAUGGAAAUGAAUCCUCCCAGAUCAGCCCCGUACCAGUUGCAGUACUGCGACCCCUCUGGCAUGGGGAUGGGUAUGAGUCAUUUACCGCCCGGUUUCACCUUCCAGGAGGAGGAUAGGGUGAGUUUGGUGAGCAGUGCCAACGCUGCCCGCCUACCACCAAUCAGUGAGCGCAGGGUGGGUGGUGGAGGUGGAAGGGGUGCAGGUAUCAGGAUAGAUGCACCAGAGGACACUCCCCAGAGGCGCCGGCACCACCACCGCUCCAGGAGAUCUCGUCGGUCUCGUUCAGAAAAUGCUCUCAAUUUGGUGGCAGAGCGAAGAGUGAGACCUCAGGAAAGACCACAGUUGCGUGUCCGUGAGGAUUACGACCGUUUCCCGCCACCAAGGAGCGCCAGGGACCAGUUCGGGGUGGGAGGUGGAGCGGGAAGAUACCAGCCCCAACCUUUCAGACCGUGCCCCAGGACCACCUCAGACCUGACUCUUCAGAACCCUGGCGCCAGCCGACGCACCGGCUUAAACCAAUACUCCUGGGAUGAUUAUGAUGACGACGGCUGGUGCUCCACUUGCUCCUCGUCCUCAGAAUCAGAGGAUGAAGGGUACUUUCUGGGCGAGCCAAUCCCCAGACCAAUCCAGAUGCGCUACCUCAGCAACCAGGAGCUUGUCCAUAAGUACAACAACACAGGGAUCGGAGGACCCAACCACAGUGGACAGUUACACACCCGCAAACGCAGAAAGAGCAAGAACUGCAUUAUCUCCUAACAUCCCGUCAACCAGCAACGGAAAUGACUCUUUGUCCAGCUUGUGUACACUAACAUCUUCCAUCUGGAACAAAAAAAAUAAAUGAAACUAAAGGUCCAUUUAUUCAGUGUUGUUGAGUGUUGAAUAUCAAGUAAUAGAGAGUCAGUGAUGAAUAACAGUCGGUAAACAGUGAAAAAGCAUGCAUGUUUGUUCAUUUCAAUGUUUCAGAAAAUCUCCUGAGUAUUAAGGCUAACAGUAACAUGCGCAGUUCUAUAAAGUCACAAAAUGUAUCAAACGCUGAUGUGCAAUUUUCAAUAAACAUAACUUCAAUUCCAUGCAGAAAACAAGUGUGCAAGGUAGUCAGAUUGGUAAAGUUGAGCUUUUUCAUGCAAUGUGAUUUGGAUAUAGGAUAAAGUGUACUAUUGUAUUUAGUUCAUAGUAUGUACAUAGAUAAAUGAAUUAAUAAUUUCACUUAAGUUAAGGAAGUCCAUGUAAAUAUGGUUGUAAAUGAGUCCUCACAUAUUUUUAUAUUUUGUAUUGAUAGAAUCAUUUAUGUAUUAAAUAUCUAUAAUGUAGAGUUAGAAAAUGACAACUUAUGCAUGUUUUAUUUGGCUGACCUGGUCCUGCAUUCGGAAUAAAGGAGUAUUUCAGUGAG